UCCACAACACUGCUCCCUCUCUGACGGAAAAAAUCAGCCAUUCGUGAGGCGGAAAAACAUUUCACCCAGUGGUGGAAAUCAUCCCACAAAAGAGCCAGUGGUCAAAGUAAGUGGACUGACCGACAAUGAAAGUAGCAUUCGCGCCUGUUUGAUGCACAUUUACUCGUCGUUCCCUUCCUUCAUCUUCAAUGAGUUUUUGCCAUAAUCAUGAGGCUCUGACCCCCUUACCUAGGGCCUUACAGUAGGCCAGCUACAAACAUGCCAGAUCACAAAAUACAGGGUAUUCAAAACAUUAAUCCAAAAAUCAAUUGCUGAAGAUUAUCGCAGCUGCUGAUUGUCUGGCGAUCGAGCGAUAUUGCACUUGGGCAAUAAUUUAUUUAUUCCAGACGAAACUCGCCAACGAUUAAUAAAUAAUAGGGCUGAAUAUAACCCAAUAGAUAGCCGUUAAGAGUUCAAUUAUUUAUAUGUAAAUAAUUGAUGCUUGAAUAAAAAGUUGUGUGCAAAAUUAUCCCAAUCAAUCUUCUCUUCUUUUUAAUUAACGGUUUCCCAUAAUGGUGGAUUACCAAUUGAACAGGAUCUCAGGCAGAAUGUUUUUAUAGAUAACAACUUCCGUUUAGAAUUUAUUCAAGAUUUUCAUCUUGAAUAUUUCAGUUAUCUUUAUAAUACUUCAGUAUUAUUUGUUCUCCGAGAAAAAAACUUGACCGGAUUUAGAUCUAGACUAUUUCGCUGUGAUUUUUCGAAUGCCCUGUAUCUCGAUAAGCCAUAAAUAUCGAAUUGUGCGUCAUAAACUGAAACUUCCUCCCCUUUUUUCAGCCAAUAAUUUUUGCAGUUCUUGAAAUCGAUUCCAUUUUUCUUUCCCGAUCGCGAGGGAAGUGGUACUUCUCUCCUGGAAAUUACAAACAAUCGGUACAAUUUCUUGGCCAAGAGAGGUGAAAAAAAAAUGAAGAAUCCGAGUGAGAGGGCCGUGAUCCACUGCAAUCGAUCCUAUUUCUUUGUUUGCACUAGUUUUGUAAUGAUCGACUUGAGCGAUAGAAUGUGGGAGUGCUGAGGCAGGGGGGAACCCACGUACUUUGUUCCACUAACCGAUGUGCGAUAGAUCAACAAGAAUUAAAUCCUGCGACAGGUGGCAAAAAAAGAAUUUUCCGGAAGUGCACGAGUGACGAUUUUUAAAAAGACUGAUAAGACGUUUCUGUGAAUUAAUCAGUGCCGAGGGGUGGGGUCAAGUUAGGUGGUUUUGAAGUGCGUGCCGAAAGUGGUUUCCAGGAUUUUUCAUGAUUUCACUCCUUUCGCUGGUUUGUUUUAGUUUUCUUGGAUGACUAUUAUGGCCUGCUUACUGAAGCGUUGGUGAGGAGACAGGAAUGUAAACAAAGGAAUAGUUUUUUGCAAUUCAUAGUUAAGUGUGGGACACAAGCAUUUAGACGAUUUUUUUCUGUCUUUCGCUAACACGUGGAAGUGUUUUCCCUGAGGUGUUAUAAUGGGCUAUUCUUAGAUCGUGUCCCGAUGAAUGAGUCUAAUCGUUGAAAGAAAAUUACUGCUUUACGCACUAGUAACAAUAUCUUUUCCACAGCCACAUUUUCGAAUAAAAUUUUCUUGUCUAUUCAAUUCACGAGGUUUCUCCCUAAAAUUUUUUCUGCGCAAAUAUAAUUCGACAAUUGUAAUUUCCCGAUGAUGACGAUUUUUACGCACCAUUAAAAACCCUAUAAAAUAGAAAAUUCAUUUUUUGGUUCAGUUUAUUCCCUAAUAAAGUGAUCGAAAAGAAAUUUCGUCUAAUGUGAAUCCAAAAUUUCUUUCUGUGCGGGAGACGGAAGACGAAUUAAAAAAAUUUGAAUUGUUGGUUCCACCCAGUUUCUUCAAAAAAUCAGAAUGUGAAGAGAAAACAACAGACGCACUUAAUAAAAUGUUUCGCAACAAAAAGAAAGAGAAUGAAAACAGCAAGCUGACGGAACAAAAUAUCUUGCGCAUCUGACGAUUAAUGCCACCUGGACAAUUGGAGUGAACGACGAUUAAGCCAAAUUGUCCGAGUUGCAUUAGAUUUUCACGCUUUUUAAAAAUUCGAGAGACACCACUCUAGAAGUGAUAAGAAUGGGGAACACCAACGGCCACGGUUUAGUUCACGGAUUAAGCCAACGGUGGAAAGACGUCGGACGUCUCCCCAUUUGUAUCAAUUAAAUCUCGAAUUAAGCGAUGACGAAGAUAAGGGUAGGAAUAUUCGUGUGCCUCAUUGUGAUAACCGCCGGAGUUAUCACUGAAUCGCCCACUGAGGAUCACAAUCCUCCGGUGAGCGAGGACGUGAGGGAGUUCGACGAGCCGUCAACGUCAUCCUCAUCCUUAUCAUCAUUAUCAUCUGUAUCAACAUCGCCUUCAACAUUAUCGUCAUCACCACCAUCACCAUCACCAUCAUCAUCAUCACCAUCAUCAUUACUGUUACCAUCAACAAUACUGCCAUCAUCAUCAAUCUCGGAGAAGCCCCCGGACCAAUCGCUGAGAGCAUCAGGUGAGGCCUUCAAUCCGAGUGUCUACCUCGGAGAAAUAAAGGAAAUCAGUUCCGAGCCGCGAAUAUCGACGAUAAUUCCCUUCAACAACAUCCAGCACGUUCGAUUCGAGGGAUCUAUCGGCCUGGAUGGCGACACGAGAGGGAUCUACAGACCGCACAUCGAUCACCAUCACUACCAUACCGAUCACCGGCAAGAGGAUUAUCAUUCCCCAGCUUACGCCGAGGGAUAUCUCACUGUAGAGAUGCCUGCAAAGCCGGUGUACUACACAUCCGAGAUGCCAAAUCAUUACGUCAAUGUUGAAGUUCAACCCCACGAACCCGUUCAUCAUCUCCAGGCAAUUCAAUCUCCCCAGCACCUCCAGACUCUUGACCCCCAUCAUCACGAGGAACAUCAGCCCCUUCAUCAGCAUCAGCAUCUCCCGACCCUCGAGCUGCAUCAUCACCAUCAUCAACCACAUCAACAUCUCGAGACAGUCGAGCCUCAACAUCAUCUCCAUCAGCAACCGACAAAAAUCGAAUUUGAACCCAUUCACUAUCAACAUCUCACACCGACCAGCAAUUACUAUCAUUACAGCAGUCAGCUACCUCCUAUUCAUCGGCCGGAAGUGACCCUCACAAAGCCGGAAACACUCCUGUACCUGUCAUCCCACCGUGAAACACAACUCAUGAAAACUCGAAAGUCUCCGUACAAGUAUUAUCAGCAAAACGAUGACAUUCCAAUCCAUUACAUCGAACAAGGACACGCUUUCCCAACUCAGCGCAUACGAGUUUCUCCUUGGAAGAAGUUGAUACAUCUGCUCGGAGCUUUUUUGCCCUUUGGAUUGCUCCUGGCAGCACUCAGGCCCAAUGUCAGGAUUGACAACAAUACCACGCAGCCUAGUAUAGUGCUGUCAAAGUGGAGAGGCAUUGACCUGCCAUUGGAGCACAAACGAGACGCGGACGACGCUUGUGAGGACAGAUCGCUUUGCGAAAUUAUUCUCAGUGGAGGCGACGCCGAUGCUGAGCUCAUUCCCAGCAUUCUGUGGAAUUUCGCCAUCAAGUCAACAGAUGAAGAGGCCCGCCGAAAUGGUCUCUCGGAGAUAUUCACCGCUGUCAGGAAGAAAGACUGCAAUUUUGUGUUUUCACUCGAGUCUCAAUGGUGUUUUUAUUUGGUAUCGGCUUUUUGGAGAGUUGUGGCUUUGCGUAGAGAGUGAUUCAUGGGAAUUACAUUGGGUGAUCUGUUAUUAAUCACUUUGGAUGUGGUUAUUAGGACGAUUUAUUUAUCAUGGAGAAAAUAAUUUGGAGAUGAACCAGUGAUGCUCGUCCAUUUCUUGUUGGAAUCGCAGGAAUUUUGUUAAUUGAUCAGUGAUUUUUGGGGUCUAAAAGUGGAAAGAGACGAAAUUCCUGGGCCUGCGAAGAUAAUUAAACGAAAGUCUUAAAACAACCAGUGAAAAGUAAAUAGUCUUUAAUCUCCUGGUAUUCUUAAAUACUUCAAAAGAGAGUUUUUGGGAGAAUUCAAAUGAAAUUCUUUCUAUUAAUUGUCUUCAAUUAUGAUAAUGCUUGAGUAAUAAAACAAUAAACGUAGAAGUAAUACAAAAUAAUAAAUUAAUAAAUAUUUAGCAUUUUUUAUUCAGGUAAAAAUAAGAUUUGA